GUGAUAUCCUGUUACCAAGCAGCAGGGAGACUCUCACAAGCUGAGAGGAUAAUUAGAGAGAGAAUGGAGGCUGAUGGGGAGAGUGUGUUGCUAUGGUGUCUCCUUGGGGACACAACUCAAGAUCCAGAUUGCUAUCAGAAAGCAUGGACACUCUCAAAUGAAAGAAGUUCAAGGGCCCAGAAAUCUCUUGGACUGUAUUACUUGUCAAAAGAGAAGUAUGAUGAAUGCGUCGAAUGUCUUCACAAAUCGGUUCAAAUCAAUUCGCUUCAGGAAGGGGUGUGGUUUACACUAGGUCAUGCCGCAGCGCAAAUUGAUGACCAUGCACUAUCAGCCAAAGCUUAUCGCCAUUGUGUCACUUUAGAACCUGACAAUGCUGAAGCUUGGAACAAUUUAGCUAGUGCAUACUUGAAAAGGAAAGACAAGCUACGUGCUUUUAAUUCAUUUCAAGAAGCUUUGAAGUGCAAUUAUGAAAAUUGGAAGAUCUGGGAGAACUAUCUUCUUGUCAGUAUAGAUAUUGGUGAGAUCACUGAAGCUAUAAGAUCAUAUCACAGACUAAUGGACUUACGUCAUAAGCACUUGGACUCUGAGCUUUUAAAGAUAAUAACAGACUCUGUUUUGGACUUGGAUGAAGACGAGCAAGACAAAACUGGUAAUGUGAGGAAGAAACUAGGUGAACUAUUAGCUCGCUCUAUUGCCGAGACUACUGGUAAUUCUGAGCUCUGGGAAGUUGCAUCACGUUUUCAUUUGAGCAGCCCACUUGAAAAUGAUAAAGAAAAGGGUAUCAUUGAGCUACAGAAAGCACAAAGAACAUCACGUCAAGUUCCGUCUUGGGAGAGAGAGGAGUCCUCAAGAAACAGAGUCAUUCAUUUGACACUCCAUUACUCUAAAGUUUGUCGUGAAUCGGGAAAGAAAGAUAAUUUGUUUUCUGCAAGAAUGGCAUUGAAGAGUGUGAUCAGUAUACUCAAAGGCAUGGAAACAGGAUUCAUUCCUGGAGAACAGUUAUUGAAGCUUGAAGAUGAAAUGCAGCUUUUAACAGAGUACAUCUAAUUUUUUAAUUGUAUUAUUUUGCUAGUCUUUUGUGUGUAACAAUUUAUUCAUUAUAA